CAUGGAGGAGCGGUCCCCUCCCGGCCGGGGCCCGGCGUCCCCCCUGCGGGACUGAGCUCCUCGGAGGGGCUGCGGGAGCGGGGCCAGCGGCGGGCGGCAGCCCCAGCCCGGCCGGCGGAGGCGUGCGAGGCGGGGGGAAUAUGUGGGGCUGCCCGCGCCCCAGCGCGCUGUGUGCCGAGCCUAGCGAGCGGCGGAACGCCGCGGCGCUGCCCGGCCGCCCCUCCGCGCAGGCGGCGGUGCCGGCGGGAGGAGACUAGAGGCGGCUCUCCGAGGAGCCCGGUGGCUUCCCCAGCCCGAGAAACCCAACUCCUGAGCGGGCUCUUCAGGAGGAAUUGACAACAUGGCUUCCCCACCGCACCAGCAGCUGCUGCAUCACCACAGCACCGAGGUGAGCUGCGACUCCAGCGGGGACAGCAACAGCGUGACGGUGAAAAUCAACCCCAAGCAGCACCAGGGCUGCUCCUCUUCCAAGCACUGCAAGUACAGCAUCUCCUCCAGCUGCAGCUCCGGGGAGUCGGGGGGCACCCGCCGCGCCGGUGGAGGUGGCGGCAGUGUACCCGGUCUCCGCCGGCAGAAGAAGCUGCCUCAGCUCUUCGAGAGGGCCUCUUCCAAGUGGUGGAACCCCAAGUUCGACUCCAACAACCUGGAGGAGGCUUGCAUGGAGAGAUGCUUCCCGCAGACCCAGCGGAGGUUUCGCUAUGCCCUUUUCUACAUCGGUGUGGCCUGCAUACUCUGGGGCAUUUACUUUGGCGUACACAUGAGAGAGAAACAGAUUGUUUUCAUGGUGCCGGCUCUGUGCUUCCUCUUGGUAUGUGUAGGCUUUUUUGCGUUCACUUUCACCAAGGCUUAUGCCCGCCAUUAUGUAUGGACUUCGCUGAUACUCACCCUCCUGGUUUUUGCUUUGACUCUCGCUCCUCAGUUCCAGGCUCUGAAACCUAUCUCAGGAAGUGGUGACAUGUCCAAUCAGACUCCCCCGGCUGAUCCCACAGACACUUGUCUUUCUCAAGUAGGCAGUUUUUCUAUGUGUAUUGAAGUGCUCUUGUUGCUUUACACAGUGAUGCACUUACCCUUGUAUUUAAGCUUGUUUCUGGGACUGUUGUACUCGGUCCUCUUCGAGACCUUUGGUUAUCACUUCCGUGAUGAGAACUGUUUUGCACCUCCUGGGGCUGGUGCUGUUUACUUGGAGCUGUUGAGUAAAGCCUUCCUGCACAUCUGCAUCCAUGCCAUCGGUAUCCAUUUAUUUAUCAUGUCUGAAGUCAGAUCGAGAAGCACGUUCCUGAAAGUGGGGCAGUCCAUCAUGCAUGGAAAAGACUUAGAAGUGGAAAAAGCCCUGAAAGAGAGGAUGAUUCAUUCUGUUAUGCCAAGAAUAAUAGCCGAUGACUUAAUGAAGCAGGGGGAUGAUGAAAGUGAAAACUCCAUCAAACGUCAUUCCACCUCAAGCCCCAAAAACAGGAAGAAGAAGCCUUCCAUACAGAAAACCCCCAUCAUAUUCCGUCCUUUUAAGAUGCAGCAGAUAGAGCAGGUGAGCAUUUUGUUUGCAGAUAUUGUUGGCUUCACGAAAAUGAGUGCCAAUAAAUCUGCCCACGCUCUGGUGGGGCUCCUGAACGACCUCUUCGGACGUUUUGACCGUCUGUGUGAGGACACUAAAUGUGAGAAGAUAAGCACUUUGGGAGACUGUUACUACUGUGUAGCUGGCUGCCCGGAGCCCCGGGCAGAUCAUGCUUACUGCUGCAUCGAGAUGGGCUUAGGAAUGAUUAAAGCCAUUGAGCAAUUUUGCCAAGAGAAAAAAGAAAUGGUGAACAUGCGUGUUGGUGUUCAUACCGGAACAGUCCUGUGUGGCAUUUUGGGAAUGAGGAGGUUCAAGUUCGAUGUGUGGUCCAAUGAUGUCAAUUUGGCCAAUCUGAUGGAGCAGCUCGGGGUGGCUGGAAAAGUCCAUAUUUCGGAAGCUACUGCGAAAUACUUGGAUGAUCGUUAUGAAAUGGAGGAUGGAAAGGUGAUCGAGCGAGUUGGUCAGAGCGUGGUAGCUGACCAGUUAAAAGGUUUGAAGACCUAUCUGAUCUCUGGUCAGAAGGUGAAGGAGCCCCACUGCAGCUGUUCACAAACAUUGCUUCCUGGCUUGGAGUCUGGAGACGGGGCCAGAAUACAGGGAGCAUCGUCAGCCGAGAAUGCCAGUGACUUGACAAAGACUCUCAAGCAUGUGGAAAAACCUAAGCCCUGUCCUUCAUGUAGUACCACCCUUGCUCCCCACUGUGAUGUCAGCAUAGAGGAAGGAGCUAUCCAAAAUGGUUGUCAGGAUGAGCAUAAAAACAGUACAAAGGGUCCAGGAGGACACAGUCCAAAGACUCAAAAUGGACUUCUGAGUCCUCCACAGGAAGAAAAGCUCAGCAAUAGUCAAACCUCGCUUUAUGAAAUGUUGCAGGAGAAAGGAAGAUGGGGUGGAGUGAGUUUGGAUCAGUCAGCUCUUCUUCCUUUGAGGUUCAAAAACAUCAGAGAGAAGACAGAUGCUCACUUUGUGGAUGUGAUUAAAGAAGACAGCCUCAUGAAAGACUACUUCUUUAAACCACCAAUUAACAAGCUGAGCCUGAACUUCUUGGAUCAGGAUUUGGAGAUGGCCUACAGAACGAGCUAUCAGGAAGAGGUUAUAAGGAAUGCUCCAGUGAAGACGUUUGCCAGUGCUACCUUCAGCUCGCUCCUGGAUGUGUUCCUCUCCACCACAGUCUUCCUUAUACUCUCUAUCACAUGUUUCCUGAAACACGGGAUGGUCACAUCCCCUCCACCACCCGGAGCAGUUGUGGUGUUCAUCAUCGCCAUCCUGCUAGAGGUGCUGUCCCUUGUCAUCUCAAUUAGAAUGGCGUUCUUUCUGGAGGAGGUGAUGACUUGCACCAAGCGUCUCCUGGAGGUGAUAUCUGGCUGGCUGCCUCGACAUUUUUUCGGUGCAAUCCUGGUUUCUCUCCCAGCUCUUGCAGUUUUUUCACACUUCACCUCUGAUUUUGAAACAAAUAUACAUUACACCAUGUUUAUGUGUUGUGCGAUUCUCAUCACCAUUGUGCAGUACUGUAACUUCUGCCAGCUUAGCUCCUGGAUGCGAUCUCUGCUGGCAACUGUAGUAGGAGCAGUGCUUCUCAUUCUGCUGUACAUCUCCUUGUGUCCAGACAGCUCUAUGGAAACUUUUCAUCUAGAUUUGGCACAGAAUUUUAGCUCCAGAAAGAGUCCAUGCAACAGUUCAGUGCCAAAUGACAUGAAGAGGCCAGCAGACCUGAUUGGCCAAGAAGUGGUUUUGGUUUCCUUCCUUCUGCUUCUCCUGGUCUGGUUUCUGAAUCGAGAGUUUGAGGUCAGUUACCGUCUCCACUACCACGGAGAUGUGGAGGCCGACCUUCAUCGCACCAAAAUUCAGAGCAUGAGGGAUCAAGCAGACUGGUUGCUGAGGAAUAUUAUUCCAUACCAUGUGGCUGAGCAGUUGAAAGUUUCCCAGAGCUAUUCCAAAAACCAUGACAGUGGCGGAGUAAUCUUUGCAAGUAUUGUGAACUUCAGCGAGUUCUAUGAAGAGAACUAUGAAGGAGGCAAAGAGUGCUACAGAGUCUUGAAUGAAUUGAUUGGGGAUUUUGAUGAGCUGCUGAGCAAACCACAUUACAGCAGCAUUGAGAAAAUCAAAACAAUUGGGGCAACCUAUAUGGCUGCUUCAGGACUGAACACCUCUCAGUGUCAGGACAACAACCAUCCCCACGGACAUUUGCAGACCCUUUUUGAAUUUGCCAAAGAAAUGAUGCGAGUGGUGGAUGACUUCAACAAUAACAUGCUGUGGUUUAAUUUUAAACUUCGGAUUGGCUUUAAUCACGGCCCCCUCACUGCUGGGGUCAUUGGCACCACCAAGUUGUUGUAUGACAUUUGGGGUGACACUGUGAACAUUGCUAGCAGAAUGGACACCACUGGUGUCGAGUGUCGUAUACAGGUGAGUGAGGAGAGCUACCGCAUCCUAAACAAGAUGGGGUAUGACUUUGACUAUCGAGGGACAGUCAAUGUGAAGGGGAAAGGUCAGAUGAAGACCUACCUUUACCCAAAAUGCAUGGACAGUGGGAUUGUGCCACAUCACCAGUUGUCUAUAUCCCCAGACAUUCGGGUUCAAGUGGAUGGCAGCAUCGGGCGAUCUCCAACGGAUGAGAUUGCCAACCUGGUGCCUUCUGUACAAAAUUCUGAUAAGGUAGCCCAUGGCACAGUUAACUCAGAAACCAAGGACAUCCUUCCUUCCGCCAAGAAGCUCCAGAAAGACGCGGUGAAAGCAGAGGAGAGGUGCAGGUUUGGCAAAGCCGCAGAGAAGACUGACUGCGAGGAAGCAGGAACUGAGGAGGUCAAUGAACUGACAAAGCUAAAUAUCUCUAAGAGUGUAUGAUGCACUGUCAGAGUUGCAUGAAGUGCUCUGUCAAUAGAAACACAAAAACAUUUGCAAUUGGCAGUUUUCUUUUUCAAGAGAGACCUUCUGAACACCUGGGUUGUACGUUUGUUUUCAUUUCAGCGCCUGGUGCUGUGUGGAUCACAGCUCUUCAGGGCUUGUUUUCAUCCAUCUCUCUCCUCCAUGCCCCAAAUCACAUCCCAAGCUCCCCAGCUCCCUGUGCAACCAUCUUAAGCUGAGUAGAGGAUAUUAAGUGCCUUCAGAUAUACUCCAUUGGACUCCCUGUCAAGGUACAGAGGCCCCAAGUGAAAUCAUAGCUUUGGGUAUUUAUCUAAUUUUAGAGAAAAGAAAAGCUGUGGUUAUAUCAUUUUUAUUGUUGUUUCUCACAAAACACUUUUUUUGGCUAAUGCAACUCCUUGGGUUUUUUAUAUCUCUGAACAAUGUUUUACUGUUAUCAGACCUUUUGUAUGUAAACACACAGACAAAUGUGCAUGUAUCUACCAUAUGAGACUGACAUAAAGUGCCAGUAACAUACGAGAAAAGAAUGUCUUGGAGAGGGGGUGACACAAUUUGACUUUGUGUUGGGCUGGAGGAGAAGUUCUGGAGUAGCUCAACAUUUAGUGAAGAGUAGGCUAAAAAACUGCUGUAGUUUUUCUUCUCCUUUACCAAUGCUUUCUUCAACCUUAAUGUGCCAUUGUGUGCUUUGGAUACACUUCUUUUCCAUAUAGCCAAUGAGUUACUUACUGAUAUGUGGGAAUGGAAUAAGGGUUUGGACAUCACCAGCUUUGAGGACAGGUUUCCAGAAGCAGAUGAGUGACCAUGUGAGUGUUACAAUUCAUGUCUUAAUGAAUCUAAUGCAGUUUCAUGUUAGUCAGUUAGCUGGCUGAAUUUGCAAAGGUCAGUGAAGUUGGUGUCUCUAAGCUGGUCUGAUUUGAGAGAUAGAGAGAGAAAAGUGAAAUGAAUGUUUGGGGAAUGCCUCUAUUUAUUUAUUUAUUUUAUUCCUGUUUGGGUUUUUGUUCUGUUUUGUUUUGUUUGGGGGUUUUUAUGUGUGUGUGUGUGUGGAAGGGAUCAGGACAGAUGAAUUGGUAAUGGGUUUAAUAAGAGUAAUAAGAUGGUGUUUCAGCCUCUUUGAACUACCAACCACACUGUGAGGAUGUUACCUAGGCAAUAUUUGUUUCAAAGCUGGUGGAACUUCCAAAGCCACCAAAUGCAUUUGAGUAUCCCAGCUUCCCUCUGUACUGAAUCAAUGGUGCUGCACAAUAUUUUUCAGGAUUUCCCCCCCUACACUGUGCUUUUGCAGCAGGGAAUGAAACAGCAUGCUCCCUGCGUGCCACUGAAAACAGGAAGAGGGAAAAGAGUACUUUCUAGUGAGCUGAGAAGCACAACAAUUUCCCAGUCCUGCAGGUGACCCUGUGCAGGUCCCUGGGACCAGAGGCCUGCGGGAGCACAGGAACCUGCUUGCACAGAGGGACCUGCAGGACAGGGGCAUUAGACUAUACCAGUUUGCCCUCUGCAUGCUUCCAUCACCUCCUUCGCUUACAUUUGAUGCCCCUCUUUGGGUAAUGUUAAUUAUUCAACUAUUCCAGUUCAGUCAACUCCUUGUGACACCAAAUAAAAUGAAAGAACUUUUAUGCCCAAAGUAAGUUCAUUAGCUGGGGAGGAGCUGGUGAGAUGCAAUGCUGUGCUGUCUGCAGAUUGGUGUGGGGUUUAAUUCUUUCUAUCCAUCUGAACUAAAGUUGGAAUAUAUUGAUACUCCUUGUUAUUCCCUAUGUGAUUUUUGGAGUUUGAGUAAUAAAUAUAUAUAUUGUGAAGUUCCUA